AUGUCCGAACUCAAGAACCUUAGAUCCGCCUUCUCCCUCGAAGGGAAGACGGCGCUGGUCACAGGCGGAUCUCGCGGCCUUGGCCUCCACAUGGCCACAGCAUUCCUCCUUGCGGGAUGCUCUCAGGUCGUGAUCACGGCUCGAAAACGCGGCGGCGAUCAAGGCAUUGACCAGGCAGUUGAGAAACUGAACAAAAUUCCGGGAAUUGAAGGGAAGGCGACAGGCAUAGCCGCCAAUGUGGCUGACUCGCAGGACAUCGUUCGAUUGACUGGUGAGGUCAAGGAUAUUGUUGGUCGCAAAGGCCUGAACAUUCUGGUGUGCAACGCCGGAGCAGCCUGGGGAUCCAAGUUUGAAGAUGCUCCGCCAAGCAGCUCAGUCAAAAUCCUAGACCUCAAUGUGCGAGGCGUGUUCGAGCUGGUGCAAAAGUCGCUUCCGCUGCUCGAAUUAGCGGCGUCGAAAGAAGAUCCGGCUCGGGUGCUGAUUGUCAGUUCGACGGCGGGUCACAAUGUGCCGCAUGUAGGGGAGCACGGCACUAUCAUGUAUUCCACUUCCAAGGCGGCUGCGAAUCAUCUCGGUCGCAACCUGGCGGUUGAGCUCGGGCCGAGAAACAUCACGUCCAACAUCAUCGCGCCCGGCUUCUUCCCAUCGAAGCUGGCGCAGGGCCUCAUUAGCAAUCUGGGCGGGGUGGAAGAGCUCAGCAAGGACAAUCCUCUGGGCAGAUUGGGUGAGCCCGAUGACAUAGCAGGCGUGGCAGUCUUUCUCUGCUCGCCUGCGGGCAAGUACGUGUGA